AGGCCUCUGUGUAGCUUCAAUUAUUUUUAGUAUAAUUUGUACACAAAGCAUUAACAUUCUGUUUUCGGACGAAUGGUCGGGCAUGCGGGGCCUUAAUUCACCUCACCAAUUUGUUUAUGAUGCUGCAGUGUCCUUGACCACUAAGCUGCAAGGACCACCAGGGAUCAGAGUGCGACCAUUCAAUGUCUGUGCAUUAGUGUUCACGUUCAAAUAGAAAUGACUAAAUGCUGUACUGUAGCCGCGCAAGUGGUGAACGUCUCGCUUGAGCAGUCGUGACCUACAUGUACUGUAGCUUUUACGCUGCCCGCGGUGCCAAGGCUGCCUAUUCCUUCAGAAGAGCGUCGCCUCCACCGCUCUCGACGCACAUAACGUGAUGCUGAAACGAGAGGAGGCACGCUGAUUAUACUCUGCUACGGGUCCACAAUGGAGUCCACCGCUGCCUAAUAAACGUAUCGGAGGUGGCGAUAGCACAUCGUGACAUGCUUAAAGGGAAUAGCGACCUCUGACGCGCUCUGAACGCUUGGGAUUCAAACAGGGGUUCCUACUCUAGGUGGUUUUGCACCAAUCAGACGACAUGGCCCUCUCCUUCUGCGGAAGCGACCGGAACGACUCUUACAAUGUGGAUGUGGGAGUCCUCAACAAUGGCUGCUUUGUGGACGCGCUCAAUCUGGUCCCACAUGUCUUCCUACUCUUCAUCACCUUCCCAAUCCUCUUCAUCGGUUGGGGCAGCCAGAGCUCAAAGGUGCAGAUUCACCACAACACUUGGCUCCACUUCCCCGGCCACAACAUGCGCUGGGUCCUCACCUUCACCCUGCUGUUCGUGCACGUGUGUGAGAUCGCCGAGGGCAUCGUCUCCAACCAGAGGAUGACCUCACCCCACCUCCAUCUGUUCAUGCCGGCCUUCAUCGGCUUCAUCGCCGCUACGACCUCAGUGGUGUACUAUCACAACAUCGAGACGGCCAACUUCCCCAAGCUGCUGCUGGCCCUGUUCAUCUACUGGGUGUUGGCCUUCAUCACGAAGACCAUCAAGCUGUGGAAGUUUGUUGAGUCGGAGAAGGGGCCUCAGCACCUGAGGUUCUGCAUCACGGCCCUGCUGGUGGUCCUCUACGGUCUGCUCAUGGCUGUGGAGAUCAACGUCAUCAGAGUCAGGAAGUACGUGUUCUUCGCCAACCCCACGAAGGUGAAGCCCCCGGAGGAUCUGCAGGACCUCGGUGUGCGCUUCCUGCAGCCCUUUGUGAACCUGCUGUCCAAGGCCACCUACUGGUGGAUGAACCCCCUCAUCAUGGGCGCCCACAAGAGGCCCAUCGAGCUGAAGAAGAUCGGCAAGCUGCCCAUCGCCAUGCGGGCGCUCACCAACUACCUCAAGCUUAAAGACGCCUACGAGGAGCGGAGGCAGAACGCAGAGGACUCGGAGAAGGCUCCGUCCAUGUGGAGGUCCAUGUACCGGGCGUUCGGGCGCCCCAUCCUGCUGAGCAGCACCUUCCGCUACCUGGCCGACCUGCUGGGCUUCGCCGGGCCCCUCUGCAUCUCCGGCAUCGUCAGCAACCUGGAGAACAGGAACGAGACCGCAGAUAGCGAGAUAGCAGCACAGCGCCUCAACAACACAAACUCUUCCGGGGUCUACUUCAUGGAGUCCACAGAACUUCUAGAGAACACUCCUGUGUUGGCGGUUUUGCUGUUCCUCGCCCUGGUUCUGCAACGGACGUUCUUGCAGGCAUCCUACUACGUUACCAUAGAAACGGGUAUCAACCUCAGAGGAGCUUUGCUGGCCAUGAUCUACAACAAGAUCCUGCGCCUCUCCACCUCUAACAUGUCCAUGGGGGAGAUGACCCUCGGCCAGAUCAACAACCUGGUUGCCAUAGAAACCAACCAGCUGAUGUGGUUCCUCUUCCUGUGCCCCAACCUGUGGGCCAUGCCUGUGCAGAUCAUCAUGGGGGUGAUCCUGCUCUACUACCUGCUGAGGGAGAGCGCUCUCAUCGGGGCCGCAGUCAUACUCCUGCUGGCGCCCAUCCAGUAUCUCAUCGCCACCAAGCUUGCCGACACCCAGAAGAGCACACUGGAUUACUCCACGGAGCGCCUGAAGAAAACCACAGAGAUCCUGAAGGGCAUUAAGCUGCUGAAGCUCUACGCCUGGGAGAACAUCUUCUGUGACAGCGUGGAGGACACCCGCGGCAAGGAGCUCACCAGCCUGCGCACAUUCGCCUUCUACACCUCCAUGUCCAUCUUCAUGAAUGCUGCCAUCCCCAUCGCUGCAGUAUUAGCGACGUUCGCGACUCACGCCUACCUGAACGAGGAGAGGCUGAGCCCCUCCAAGGCCUUCGCCUCAUUGGCUCUCUUCCACAUUCUGGUCACGCCCCUCUUCCUCCUCUCCACCGUCGUCCGCUUUGCUGUCAAGGCCCUGGUCAGUGUGCAGAAGCUGGGUGAGUUCCUCCAGAGCGAUGAGAUUGGCGAUGACAGCUGGAGAAAUGGAGAUACGUCUGUCUCUCUGGAGACCUGCAGGAAGCACACGGGUGUGACUAAGGCCUUUAACAGGAAGCAGCCAAUACGCUACCAGCUGGACAACUACGGCUAUGAGCAGCCUUCACGCCGGCAGCUGCGGCCCGCUGAGACAGAGGACAUCGCAGUCAAGGUGAGCGGUGGAUUUUUCACGUGGGGAAACAACCUGUCUACCCUGACCGACAUCAACAUCCGCAUCCCUACAAGUCAGCUGACUAUGAUUGUGGGCCAGGUGGGUUGUGGGAAAUCUUCGCUUCUCUUGGCCAUGUUGGGAGAGAUGCAGACCAUUAGGGGCCAAGUCCACUGGAGCAACCUGCCUCAGUGUGAGAUGUUCCACGAGGGGAUCAUAAGCGGGAUUGAGACAGACUUGUCUCUAGAGGACGACAGAAGCAAAAACAGGUACUCUGUGGCCUAUGCAGCACAGAAGUCUUGGCUGCUCAACGCAACGGUUGAGGAGAACAUCACCUUCGGGAGUCCCUUCCUCAAGCAGAGAUAUAAGGCGGUGAUAGACGCCUGCUCACUACAGCCCGACAUCGACCUGCUGCCCUUUGGGGACCAGACAGAGAUUGGAGAGAGGGGUAUUAACCUAAGUGGAGGGCAGAGACAGAGGAUAUGUGUCGCAAGAGCUCUCUAUCAAAACACCAACAUCGUCUUCCUGGACGACCCCUUCUCUGCGCUGGACAUCCACCUGAGUGACCACCUGAUGCAAGAGGGCAUCCUGAAGUUCCUGAAGGAUGACAAGCGCACCGUGGUGCUGGUCACGCACAAGCUCCAGUACCUCAUACACGCUGACUGGAUCAUUGCCAUGAAGGACGGCUCUGUUCUGAGAGAGGGCACUCUGAAGGACAUCCAGAACCAUGACGUCCAGCUGUACGAGCACUGGAAGACCCUCAUGAACCGCCAGGACCAGGAGCUGGAGAAGGACACCGAGCUGGAGAGCCAGACCGCUCUGGAGAGGAAGAACCUGAGAAGAGCCUUCUACUCCCGAGAGGCCAAAAACCACGUCGAUGACGAGGAUGAAGAGGAGGAAGAAGAGGAGGAGGAGGACGAUAACCAGUCCACCACCGCCAACCGCCGGUCCAAGAUCCCGUGGAAGGUGUGUUGGAAGUACCUCUCCUCCGGCGGCUUCCUCAUGGUGUCCCUGAUGGUCUUCUCCAAGCUCCUCAAGCACUCUGUCAUGGUGGCCAUCGACUACUGGUUGGCCCUCUGGACCACUACCCAUGGAACCACCGCCUCCAACAACACCGACGCCACCAGCUACGGAACCACCGCCGCCUCUAACUACAGCGGUUACUCCAACUCGACGGUGGGCGAAGACAGCUACAGCGAGCACCGGUUCUACUACGUGUCUGUGUUCAGCAUCCUGUGUGGGUCGGGCAUCGCCCUCUGCCUCAUCACCUCACUGACGGUGGAGUUCCUGGGCCUCACAGCCGCCACCAACCUGCACCACAACCUGCUCAACAAGAUCAUCCACGCGCCCCUCAGGUUCUUUGACGUCACGCCGCUGGGGCAAAUCCUGAACCGAUUUUCAGCUGACACCAACAUCAUUGAUCAGCACAUCCCCUCCACCCUGGAGUCUCUGACCCGCUCCACGCUGCUCUGCCUCUCUGCCAUCGGGGUCAUAGCCUUCGUCACCCCCGCCUUCCUCAUCGCCAUGCUGCCCAUCACCGUGGGCUUCUACUUCAUCCAGAAGUACUUCCGGGUCGCCUCCAAAGACCUGCAGGACCUGGACGACUCGACUCAGCUGCCUCUGCUCUGCCACUUCUCUGAGACGGCCGAAGGCCUGACGACCAUCCGUGCCUUCAGACACGAAGCACGAUUCAAGCAGAGGAUGCUGGAGCUGACUGACACAAACAACACGGCGUAUCUCUUCCUCUCUGCUGCCAACCGCUGGCUGGAGGUCCGAACUGACUAUCUCGGUGCCUGGAUCGUCCUGGCUGCAGCGGUGGCCUCCAUACUUACCAGCUCCAGGACGGAGUCUGGUCUAGUGGGCCUGGGCUUAACAUACGCUCUGACUGUCACCAACUACCUGAACUGGGUGGUGAGGAAUCUGGCUGAUUUGGAAGUGCAGGUGGCCGCGGUGAAGAAAGUCAACAGCUUCCUGAGCACAGAGUCUGAGAACUACGAAGGAUCUAUGGGGGCCUCUAAGGUGCCUGACGACUGGCCUCAGCAAGGAGAGAUUAAGAUCCAGGACCUGUGCGUCCGCUACGACCCCGCACUCAAGCCGGUCCUCAAACACGUCAACGCCUACAUCAACCCAGGACAGAAGGUGGGAAUCUGUGGACGCACAGGCAGUGGGAAGUCUUCACUCUCUCUGGCUUUCUUCAACCUGGUGGACGUUUUCCAAGGGAAGAUUGUCAUUGACGGCAUUGACAUCUGCAAGCUGCCCCUGCAGACGCUGAGGUCCAGACUCUCCAUCAUCCUCCAGGACCCCGUGCUCUUCAGCGGCUCCAUCCGGUUGAACCUGGAUCCAGAGUGCACCUGCACUGAUGACAGGCUGUGGGAGGCGCUGGAGAUCGCCCAGCUCAAGAACAUGGUCAAAGCACUGCCAGGGGGACUAGAUGCCGUGGUGACGGAGGGAGGGGAGAACUUCAGCGUCGGCCAGCGGCAACUCUUCUGCCUGGCCAGAGCCUUCGUCCGCAAGAGCAGCAUCCUCAUCAUGGACGAGGCAACCGCCUCCAUUGACAUGGCAACGGAAAAUAUCCUUCAGAAGGUGGUGAUGACGGCGUUCGCUGACAGGACCGUGGUCACCAUUGCACACCUGGUGGCCUCCAUCCUGGAGGCUGAGCAGGUGCUGGUGUUCUCCUCUGGGCUCCUGGCGGAGUGUGAGAGCGCCGCCAACCUGCUGAAGCAGAAGGACUCAAUCUUCAGUGAGCUAGUGAGGACUCACAAGUAGGGCUCCUGCAUCGUGUCCACACCAUCCUGACGGCGGACCUGGUGAUCGUGAUGAAGCGAGGGAACAUCUUGGAGUACGAUAAACCAGAGACAUUACUCG